AUGGCGACGUCGCCAAGCCGGAACCCGGCGACGGGCCAAGCGCCGGCGACCAUGGCCGGCCUCAACGCGAUGGCCGACCCGAUGAUGCAGAUGAACCCAAUGGGCAUGAACCCGAUGAUGGGCGGCGGCAUGCCCAACAUGUACGGCAUGACGCCCAACAUGCCGCCCAACUUGUACAUGAUGCCGCCCCAGCAGCAGCAGCAGUACCUCUGGCAGCAGCAGCAGCAGUACCUCCAGAUGAUGCAAGCCAACAUGAUGAUGCAGCAGCAGCAGCAACAGCAACACCAGCACCAGCAGCAGUCGGGCAUGAUGCAUGGGCAAGCGCCGUCCGGUCACCUCGCGCAGCACAGCGCGAUGGCAAUGCCGAUGACGACGUGGCAGACGACGGCCGACAACGCGAUGCGGAAGGAAGUCAUCACGCGCAUCGUCCAGUUUCUGCAGAUGCAAAAGCCCAACGCGCCGCAAGACUGGAUGAAGCGGCUGCCGCAAAUGGCCAAGAAGCUGGAAGAGGCGCUGUACCGCAAGGCAGCGUCGAAGGCCGAGUACAACGACAUGAGCACGCUCCAGUCGCGGCUCCAUGUCGUCGCCCAAGAAUUCAAGACCAAGACGACGAUGGCCAACAACAGCGGCAACGCGGCGACGCCCAAGCCCGCCGGCGAGUGGCGGUCGCCCGAGGACAACCCGCUUCGUCAGGACCUCAUCGGGCGCAUCGUCAACCUCCUCAAAGCGCAGAACCCUUCCGCGACGCCCGAGUGGAUCGGCCGCCUUCCUCACAUGGCCAAGAAGCUCGAAGACAUGCUGUACCAAAAGGCGACGUCCAAGGCCGAGUACGGCGACCUCUCGCGGCUCAAGGAACGGCUCCAGGAAGUCGCGACCGAGAUCCACAAGACGAACCACCAACAAGCCAAGGACAAGACACCGACGCCCAACAACAACAACAACAACAACAAUGGUGCGCCGCCGACGAACGUCGGGCCGGUCUCGAACCCGGCUGCGCCGACCAACAGCAGUGCUGCAAUGCCGGCCAAGGACGGGUCGUCGUUUACCGACAUUGCCAAGACGAUUGCGUCCUACUUGUCGCCGCGCACGAUCAGCGAGUACAACCAGAAGGUGCUCUCGAUGAUGAUGAACCUCGACCAGAACCGGCUCGUCUUGCAGCGGCAGCAUAUGCGGCUCAUGCAGCUCAAGCACGCGAGCGAGUGCAAGCUGCCGUCCGACAAGUGCCAGCACCCGGCGUGCACCGACAUGAAGCUCCUCUGGGGCCACCUCCAGAGCUGCCACAAGAGCCAGCUCUGCGAAGCGCCGCACUGCCUCAGCUCCAAGUAUGUGCUGGCACAUUACCAGCAGUGCAGCACGCCUCCGUUCGCGUUCCAGAACCAAGCACGGGGUAUUGCUUCAACGCUGCCCGAGAAGGCGGUGCAAGAGUACCAUCAGAAGGUUGAAUUUAUGCUCAACGACAAGACCAAGGAGCACCAUCAGUCGAUUUUGCUGCGGCAGCAGCAGCGGCUCAUGCAGCUCCGGCACGCAAGUGAGUGCCAGCUCGAGCACAACUGCCCGACGCCGGCGUGCCACGAGAUGAAGCCACUGUGGCGCCACCUCCAGAGCUGUCGGCAGACGGAGAACUGCCCGACGCCACACUGCCUCAGCUCCAAGUACGUCCUCGCGCACUUUCAGCAGUGCAUGAAGCAGCAGUGUGCCGUGUGCCAACCCGUGCGGCUCGCGCAGCAGCAACAACAGCACGCGCAGCAGCACGCGCAGAAGCAACAAGCCCACUUUCAACAGCAGUACCAGCAGCAGCUGCAGCAACAAAUGCACAACCAGCAGCAGCAGCAGCACCAACAGCAGCACAUGCAACAACAGCAGCACAUGCAGCAACAGCACGCCCAGGCCCAGGCCCAGGCCCAUCAUCAGCAUCAGCAGCAGCAAGCGCAGGCCCAAGCACAAGCACAAGCGCAGGCACAAGCACAAGCGCAGGCAUCAGCGCAGGCCCCGGCACCCGUCAAGGACGAGCCGGCGAGCGGUAGUGCGACGAGCAAGGAGCGCAUUCGUCUGUUUACAGACAAGGCCAAGGCGAUCGCGUCGAUGCUCACGGCCAAGACGACGCAAGACUACCACACCAAGGUCGUCGGCAUGAUGCAACCUCGCAACGUGCUCCAGAACCAGACGAUCCUCGAGCGGCAGCAGCAGCGCCUCUUGCAUUUGCGCCACGCACUCUUUUGCACGCUGGACAAGUGCAAUGCGGCCCACUGCGCCGAGAUGAAGAAGCUCUGGGCGCACAUCAACCAGUGCAAGAAGAGCGACGCGUGUGCGUUUGCGCACUGCCUCAGCUCCAAGUAUGUGCUGAGCCACUUUCAGCAGUGCACGAACCUCACGUGCGUCGUGUGCGAGCUCGUGCGCAACCCCGUCGAGAUGGACAAGCUCGUGGCCGAGGAGGCGCGGGAACAGACACCGCCGCCGUCGUCGACCGACGCCAAGAAGCGGCCGCUGGACGCUCCCGACGAUACGACGCACGUGGCCAAGAAACCCAAGGAGGAGGAGUCGCUGUCGCCGUCGCUGGCGCUCGCGGCCGAGCCGGAAACGUCGGAAGACGGCCUCUUUGACUGUCCGCCCGAGCUCCUCAAGGACGACAUGAAGGACGACGACGGGCUCACCGGCUUUAUGGCCGACCUCGACGAGUACGACCCGGACGAGUUUGGCGGCCUCCUCAUGUCGGACGAUACAAUAUAAGUGAAGACGCGUGGUGUAGUUUUAUUAAGGUAGGCAAGAGAACAAGAGACAGACGACGACAUAACAACGUG